UUUCCUGAAAAUCCUUAAAUUAAAAAACAUGUUUGCCCUAAAAGCAUUAAUCCCCUUAAUGUUGUUUGUCAUAAUAAAAUCACAAAAAGCACCCGUACCAAAUAAAAAAUGUUUAGAUUGUAUCUGCUUUGUUGAGUCCCAAUGCAAGCCUCUUCAAUGUAAAUGGGAUGAUGAUGCUAAUAGUUGUGGGUACUUACAGAUUAAACUAAACUACUACAAGGAUUGCGGUACUCCCGAUCUUAAAAAGGGCGAAAAGGUUGAAGAUGGAUGGCAGCGUUGUGCACUCAACAAAGAUUGUGCUUAUAAAUGCAUGACAGUAUAA